AUGUUUAUGUUCAGACUGGGAAUCCGGACUGACGACCUCACCACCGUUCUCAAAGAUGAGAUCGAGGCGAAAAAGAAGGAAAUGAACAAGGUGGAUCCUCUGGCCGAGCUAGCAGAAUAUGAGCAACGCAGGGCUGCCGAGGCUGCUACAAAGCAGAAUGCAAAGAAGACGGCUGAACAAAAUGCAGAGACCCGUGGGCCCAUCAGUCCAGAUACCCCUACUCAGCCGUACAAACGUCUUGAAUCAUAUAUCAACGUGGAAAAAUUCCGAGAGCUCGAGACUCCUCAGAUAGAAGUUCUUUGGCGCAGUCGGUUUGCUUCGAAAGAAGAGGCCCUUUCUGCGUUGGUGCCAUUGGACGCUUUUGACCGUCUCUACGCCAACGCCCGUGCAAAUCCCUCGUUUGUUCUACCAUUGCCUAGAGAUGGUGAUGGAAUCGAAGUUCACUACCUUCAAUGGUCAUUUGUCGGGCCACACACCACACAUGCCAUGAUCACUUCGCUGGCCGAGUACAAAUUGCACCGUGAAUAUGCCCGUCCUCAUACUACACUUAUGUUUCACCAAGAACUGCGCGACUCAAACGAACUCAUUUUGAUGAAUGGACUGGUUGAGCCCUCUGCAAACAUCACUCGUGAAGAGGCUCAGCUGCUGAUCAUGAACAUGCAGAGGUUCUACGGUGCUUUGGCGGAUUCGCCGGCUUCGCGCAGGCGGGUCCAGCUGCUGGAGGACUUUACUAAGGGCAGCGAGGGGUUUUCUAUGGAAAAAAUCAUUGAAGAGAGUCAAUCCUUGGAGAAUUAG